AUGGUCUUGCCAAGUCCAAGCUUCCGUUACAAAGAUGGAGAUGUGCACAGAUUGAGCCUGAAAUUGCAGUGGCAGUGCUUUUGGGUUUCUCUGGUUUCUCAAGAUUGCAACUUAUUUGGUGUUGCUCCAUUUAUGGACCUUUUGUGUUUCUGGGUUGGAUUCUUUCUAUUCCUUGGAUUUUGUGAAGUUGCUUUCUCUGAUCAAGAUGGUUUCUUGAGCUUAACUUGUGGUGGAACUAUGAAUUACACCGAUUCAUCCAAUAUCUGGUGGAUUCCAGACAAAGAAUUCAUAAGCACAGGCAACACCACCACCAUUAGUUACAUUGAGGGGACCUCCUCAAUUAGUGUCCCGGUUCGGUUUUUCCCAACUAACCAAGCUCAUAACUGCUAUACACUACCUGUGAAUGUGUCAUUUUUGGUUCUUGUUAGAGCUCAGUUUGUGUACAAAGACUUUGAUGGACUCGGCAAACCACCAUCAUUCACUGUAUCUCUUGGCACAGCCAUUGUUAGUACUGUAGAUCUAAGAAAAACCGAUCCUUGGAUAGAAGAAUUUGUAUGGCCAGUUAAUAAAGACACAGUCUCUUUUUGUUUGCAUAAUAUACCAGAUAGAGGGGCUCCUGUAAUUUCUUCAAUUGAAGUUAGGCCACUUCCAAAAGAAGCUUACAAAAGUGGCAUGGAUGAUUCCCCACAUAAGUCACUGAGAAAAAGUUAUCGAAUAGAUUGUGGCAACACAAAUGGAUCCUUGAGGUAUCCGUUGGAUCCAUAUGAUCGUAUAUGGGAUGCUGAUCAAAGCUUUUCACCAUUUCAUGUGUCAACUGGGUUUAAGACUCAACUAAUAAUCGCUAAUAUUUCGGGGUUAAAGGAGAAUCUCCCAGCUGAUAUCCUUCAAACCGCCCGAGUUUUGGCACGGAGGGAUGUCUUGACAUAUGACUUACUUCUUGACACAUUGGCAGACUACUACAUUGUCCUCUACUUUGCUGGGAUCCUACCUGUGCUUCCUUCGUUUGACAUCUUGAUUAAUGGUGAUGUUGCACAAUCAAACUAUACUGUAAGAAGCUCAGAAGUUAGUGCACUAUACUUCACGCAGAGAGGAAUUAGGAGCUUGAACAUCACACUUAAGAGCAUCAGCUUUUUUCCUCAAAUCAAUGCAAUUGAGGUGUAUGAAGUUCUUGAUAUUCCAGAAGAAGCCUCCUCCACCACCGUUUCAGCCCUUCAGGUUAUCCAACAGUCCAUAGGUUUAGAUUUGGGGUGGCUAGGUGACCCAUGCUCUCCGAUAAAAUGGGAUGAAGUUGGAUGUGAAGGAAACAUAGUUACCUCAUUGGAGCUUUCAGACAUCAACUUGAGGUCGAUUAGUCCAGCCAUUGCUGACUUGAUAGAUCUCAAAACACUGGAUUUGCAUAACACAUCACUUGCUGGUGAAGUACAGAAUCUGGGUAGCUUGACACGUCUUGAGAAACUGAAUCUGAGCUUCAACCAGUUAACAUCCUUUGGAACUGAGCUGGACAACUUGGUUAGCCUUCAGACUCUGGACUUGCAAAAUAAUACUUUACGGGGAAUGGUUCCAGAUAGCUUGGGAGAGUUGGAAGAUCUUCACUUGUUGAAUGUGGAAAAUAACCAACUGCAAGGUGCUCUUCCCCAGUCUUUGAAUAGAGAAAGUUUAGAAAUUAGAGCAUCCGGAAAUUUGUGCCUAUCUUUCUCAACAAUGACAUGCAACGAUUUCUCAGCCAACUCUUCUAUUGCAACACCACAAGUUACUAUCUUUACCAAAAAGAAACACAUGAAGCACAAUAGUGUUGCAGUUAUACUUGGGGCAAUUGGAGGAGCCUUGCUCGCCUUGCUGAUACUUGCCUCCAUUUCUGUAAUGUUGUAUGUAAAGAAAAGAAGAACUGAUGUCACAUCAAUGGAAAGGGCAAUGUCAGAUAUGCGUAACUGGAAUUCAGCAAAGGUCUUUAGCCACAAACAAAUUAAAGCAGCCACCAACAAUUUCAAGCAACUCUUAGGCCGUGGAAGUUUUGGUUCAGUUUACCUUGGAAAACUUCCAAAUGGAAGAAUGGUGGCUGUGAAAGUGCGAUUCGAUAAAAGCCAACUUGGGGCUGAUUCCUUCGUCAAUGAGGUGCAUCUCUUGUCUCGAAUUCGCCAUCAAAAUCUUGUUUGCUUGGAAGGAUUCUGUCAUGAAUCAAAGCAGCAAAUACUUGUUUAUGAGUAUCUUCAUGGUGGAUCGUUGGCUGACCACCUCUAUGGUCCAAAGAGUAAAAAAGUUUCACUGAGCUGGGUUCGCCGACUGAAAAUUGCUGUUGAUGCUGCUAAAGGAUUGGACUAUCUUCACAAUGGAAAUGAACCACGAAUCAUACAUCGUGAUGUGAAAUGCUGUAACAUACUUUUGGACAAGGACAUGAAUGCUAAGGUUUGUGAUUUUGGUCUCUCUAAGCAAGUGAUGAAGGAAGAUGCAACUCACGUUACCACUGUUGUCAAGGGAACUGCUGGCUAUCUUGAUCCUGAAUACUACUCAACACAACAGCUUACUGAGAAAAGUGAUGUCUAUAGCUUCGGUGUAGUUCUUCUGGAGCUCAUUUGUGGAAGACAACCAUUGAGUCACUCAGGAACUCCAGACUCCUUUAAUCUGGUGUUAUGGGCCAAGCCUUACUUACAAGCAGGUGCUUAUGAAAUAGUGGAUGAGAGGCUAGAGGGAACAUUUGAUGUUCAAAGCAUGAGAAAGGUAGCCCUAGUUGCUGUAAGGUCUGUAGAAAGAGAUGCAUCAAAAAGACCAACCAUAGCAGAGGUUUUGGCUGAGUUGAAAGAAGCCUAUAGCAUUCAGCUUUCAUAUCUCCAAUCUCGCGACAUCUGAAGAUAAAUCGGAUUUAUUAAAUCGUGCUCGCUACACUUGUCCUUUUGAGUUGCGUUUCGUUGGAGAAGUUCAUAUUCAUGAUUAACUUAUUAGUAAAAUGAAUUCUCCAGUCGUGUAUACCACAUUCUG